AUGGCGAGCGGAGGAGGCGGCGGGAGGGCUCGAGCCGAUUAUGACUACCUCAUUAAGCUAUUGCUCAUCGGUGACAGCGGUGUCGGAAAGAGUUGCCUGUUGCUGCGAUUUUCAGACGAUUCUUUCACAACAUCCUUCAUCACAACCAUUGGAAUCGACUUUAAAAUUCGAACCAUUGAGCUCGAUGGCAAGCGAAUUAAGCUGCAAAUCUGGGAUACUGCUGGACAAGAACGGUUCCGCACCAUUACAACAGCUUAUUAUCGAGGAGCUAUGGGCAUUCUCCUUGUUUACGAUGUCACUGACGAGUCGUCCUUCAACAACAUCCGUAACUGGAUCCGUAACAUUGAGCAACACGCGUCAGAAAAUGUCAACAAGAUUCUUGUAGGAAAUAAGGCGGACAUGGACGAAAGCAAACGAGCUGUUCCUGCUGCUCGUGGUCAAGCACUAGCAGAUGAAUUCAAUAUAAAGUUUUUUGAAGCGAGCGCCAAAUCGAAUUUGAAUGUGGACAAUGUAUUUUUCACCAUUGCCCGCGACAUCAAACAACGACUGGCAGAGAGUGCGGAAGAACGACCAGAGCAACAAGCCAAGGCAAACAUCGUGAUCUCGGACACGAAGAAACCCACAAAAGCGAAGGGUGGCUUCUGUUAG